AUGGCAAAUCCUAAUCUGCAGGGCCGCGCAGGCCAGAAUAUCCCGUCGCCGCCUAUUGCGAACAGCCCUCUCACCCCAGCAAGCGCAGGAAGCAACCCAAUUUCUUUCCGAACAAACGUGAACCGCUCAAAGACAAAACGUUGGGUAGAAGCUAAACAAUACUCGUACGAUGGUGGUGACUGGGGUGACGAAGACGACGACGAGGAGGAAGAGGAAGCCCCUCCUAUACCCCGACCACCAUAUGCAACGCACAGAACUGGCAGCUCAUCCGAGUUGAGCUCCAGACGUUUGUCUGGGAUGGGUUUUGGAGCCGAAAAUGAGUCUCGCGGGAGCCUAAAUUUAGACGCUGGUACCGAUCAACAAAAGACCAUUCCCUUCGUCAGGCCCGCAGAUCUAUACAAGCGCAUGCAUGAAGGGAAGACACCGACCGACCCUCCACAGAUGGUGUCCUCCCCAAUCUCUUUGCAGUCUGGAACUCAAGUACCGGUUGUUGCCACCAACACUUUCUCAGAGCCAGCACAGGAUGUGCCUGCCAUUGGACUACCUGACAUAAAGAGAAUGUCCUCGUUCGGAACCGAUUUUCUGGGAUCGGGUGACUCGAAUAUCCCGUCAGCUAGCCCAGAAACCAGGGAGCCAACUUUGCAGCACAAUUCUUCACAGGCCUCUCAGGCAUCAGACGCUUCUCAAGGAUUCACAUCGGUGGUUCAUCAGGCUUUCGAUGUCCCAGAAACUCCAAAUUCCACUGCUGGCAGUGUGGCACGUUCGAACAGCGAUGGUACCUCAUUGAUCAGUCCCAUCAUUAGUAAUCAACCUCAUGGAGGCACAACACCCACUAUCCCUGAGGAGCCUGCCGAGUCGAGUACCCCUACUGCCCUCAAUGAUUUGCCUGCUUUUAUUCCAGGCCACCGACGUGAUCUGAGUAUUCCAAGCCGGGAGAACAGCCCCUCAAAGAAACCGGUUCUUACCGAACAGGAGCCACCUUCGGAAGGCCAAGCAGAGGUGUCUUCUAUCUCUCCAGGUCAGAUUCAGCAAGCCCUGGAUGUAACAACCCCAGCUUCUGAUAAAGACUUUGUUGCACCACUGAAAUUUGGUGACAGGAAGAUGUCUGAGCAAUCUGCAUUUGAGGGGUACCGCGGCAGCGUCCCAACGAUUAUUCCAUCUAUGGAAUCCCCAGAAACGGAAGACAAUGACCGGCUGCGAGAGGAAAUAAUUCGUUCUUUGAGCAGAGAGGGCUCGCAAGAGCCAGAGCAUAUCCCCCAAGCCGGUGAAUCCAAGGAGGAAUCCAUUCCACACCAGUAUGAGAAAUAUUGGGAUGGACAAACCGGACCAGGUUCUGUUGAGACUCCCAAGGCUUUGGUUUCUGAUUCCCACCCAGAUUGGACUAGUUCCCAUCCCCUGGCCUCUCAAGAUCCAUACGCAACUUAUAAAAUACCUGAGCCUCCUUCGACGGCAGAUGAGUUGCCACAGAAACCUCGCUUGGGAAGACGAUUCUCGUGGGAAUCGGUUUCUUCUACUGGUCAGCCAGCUCAAGCUUCUUCUGGUGGUGAUGCUCCUUUAACCUCGCAACCACCUGUGCCUCUUUCUGAAGAUCCCGUGACUCGUACACCGGGAAGUGUUGAUAGGGAACUGCCAGCCUAUGAUAGCGAAUGCUCUGACAGCCAGCGCGUUGAGAAACCCAGACUCUCGAUUGUUCCCCCAAUUCCGGAGAACACCUUGCCUCCAGUGCAGGUGAUGGGGCCGGUCGAUAACCAAGGACCCAAGAGCAAUGCUUCUUCUAUGCAUGUGGGGACUUCAUCUAUUGACGAAAACAAACUUCAAGGUUUCCGCGAAAUCCUCAAUCUUACGUCCCCCAGUCAACGUACCAAAGCUUUUGACAAAACAAGAGAUCAAUUUGCUGCCCUUAAUACCGGUUUGAACCACUGGCUUCAAGUCACUAUUCACGAUCACCCAGAGCAUGCCGAGUUGAUUCACUCGAGUCAGAGCUUAUCUGGUAUACCUCGAAGCUCUCCAAACAGAAGCAGGUUCCCCAAACUCACAUCCAUCGGAAACCUAACUACUCCCAAAGAGGACGGAGACCCAGCUAACGCCACUCAUGUAAGGCGACCCUCUGGUAACAUUGGGACUAUCAUGAACAAGUCAAAUGUUGAACAGCGUGGCAAAGAUCUUCUGCAUACGGCUGGCACAUUCGGCGGCAAGGCUGGUGAAGCUGCUAAGGGCUUCUUUGCCAAAGGUAGAAGCAAGUUCCGGGCAGGCGGAGACAAGGGUCAGCCUUCGACUUCUCGGCCCAGAAGUCUUCACUAUGGCUUGCAAUCAGAGUCCAAUGGGUCACAGGGUAACUCUUCAUUCCGCAAAUCUGUCAAUCUGGGCAGUCUGCCUGUUUUCAAGUUUGGACAAACUAAAAAUACAACUGCCCUUUCUGACGACGAUGCGCAGAAUGUGGAGCCUUCUGGUAAACUCCUCAAGUCUACCGGGUCAAUGAGUCUGCGAGGCCUUCAGGCUGAUGUUGAAAAUCCAUCUGGAAAAGCCACUUCCCAUGCUUUCCCGCCAUUGUCGCUGGACCAAGAUCGAGCUCGAAAGGCAAAUACGAGGAAUUCGGGCAUGGUUGGCGACCUCGAACAGGAAAUGAUUGCUGCCCUGGGCCUUUCUCCGACUAAAGAUUUACCUGACCCGCUUGCCAACACGAAGCCGGCACUGGACUUCAACGAACGUGAACGGCAGCCUCAGGAUGACGCUGCAGCGACUCGGAAAGAUGCAGUAUAUAGCAAUCAGCCUUUACUUAGAGAAAAGAGCCUUCCGGUGAUGCUUAUCAAGAAUUCGAAUGAUUCGGGCGCCCCCAAGACAAAAAAUACAAAUGCAGAACCUGCUAUAGGAACGCCGCAGGUCUUGUUUCCCUCAAUUCGCCCUGUGGUUGAGACCGAGCCCGCUACUCCGCCCAGGUCUCCACCAGAAGCUCUCUUCCCAAGCGACAUUCCGCCAACCAUCCCACCAAAGGAUCUCGUCCCUCCUAAGGAAGGACAUACACGCCAGCGAUCUGUCUCAACUCUUGGGGCUGAUGAGCGAAGUACGAGCGAUCAGCAGGAUGAUAUGCCACCUUCCCCGUUACAGCCAUUGUCGCCAGGAACAGAACACCCUAUCUAUGGCAAUCCUCCCCCUCGGGCCAAGACUUCAUCUUCUUCCGCGCCUCCUGCGGAAGAAAACUCACCAGACUUUGAGUCAGUAUUUCAGCGGAGACCGGCUACAUCUGCAGAAGUUCUUGAUGCAAAGCGAAAGUCGAUUAGCGGACUUCCGCCAUCUGCGCCGAACAUGCAAAGUCCCUUGCGAAAUGAAGUCAGAUACUCACCAGCAACCCGAAGUAGCAUGUUGAGCUUUGGGAGCUGGGGCAAUAACAGAGGUACUCGGCCGCCCACUCCUGCCAAUGAGCUGUCAUCGCGUGUUGAGAUAAAUUCUUCGGCGCAGAAUGGCGAAUCCAAGAUGGACAAGUUGAAGAGCUUUGGGAAACGACGUCGUGCUUCCAUGGGUGACCUUUUAUCGGGUAUUCAAGGAGGUCUUAGAGGGCUUCAUGAGAAAAUUAAUCAGCCAGAGCCUCAGGAGAAGGAGAAGAUGCAUCAACGGAAACGAAGCUUCAGCAAACUUAGUAGCUUCUUUACUCGCUCCGAGUCUCAGCCUCUAGUGGGAAAGAAUAGCCGCCCAGAGUCUGUCGCCAAUGAUCUCGAAGACAAAGAUCUGCCAGCUCCCCCUUUGGCUGGGCACACACGCUUGUCGGAUUCACAAGAUGGACGUAAGCAUCUUGAUGAGGAUACUCCGUCCGAAGCACCGGCCACUGGAUUUGGACCGACGGGGCGACUAUCAAGCGACGCCACAUCUCGACAACGCGCAAGUACACAUAUUCCGCCCAGUACAUCUACCGAUGCUCUGGCAUCCGGCCGUUUCUAUUCCCAGGCUCCAUCUAUCGAUCGCCCGCCUUCAGUUCAACACUCUCGAGUUAAGAGCAUGCCUUUAAUUAGCCAACCCCUAUCUUCUCAACCACACUCUGAGUCAAAUCACAUUGGCUCCAUGGACCCUUUGCCUCAUAGGCCUAAUGGCCGAGUGUCUCAAGAGGAGCAGAUGCAUCAGUCUCCUGAGCAGUACCCACGCAGCUCCCCAGAAUUUGAGGAGCAUCAACCUCCCCAGCCAGCGCUCAAGCCCAGUGUCAGCGUUCAAUCCCGCAAUCCUAUCGAUACUCAACCCGAGUCUACAAUCUUUAUCGAGCCUAAAAAUAUUGUCGUGUCGGGUAUGUCUACUGCGACUCUUUCGGAGCAUCCCCACCGCGAUGAGACCAGGAUAUUGAACCGCAAUAACGAGCCUGUCGAGCUCGCCCUCAAAGACGAUGACAGUGAUGAGAUCAUCAUGUCCUCCACUGCUUACCCUGGACAGGAAUGGACACCUAUGCAUAUGUAG